AUGCAAUAUAUUUAUGAAAAUAAUACUAAUGAAAAUUUGUUAUCACAAUGUAAUAAUGAAGUUUAUACUCAAUCUCCUCAAAUUCAUCAACAUUCUUUACAUGGUCAUUUUCAAUACCAACAUGAAAUUCAAUCAUUUUCUCCUCAACAAUCAUCAACAAGCGAUAUAGAUGAAACAUCACCACCACCAUCAUCUUCAUCGUCAUCACUCAAUAGAGUAAAUGAUAUAACAAGUAAUAAAAUAAUUAAGAAAAAGAAACAAACGAAAAAGAAACGUAAAGAUCCUAAUGAACCGCAAAAGCCAGUUUCUCCAUAUGCAUUAUUCUUUCGUGAUACACAAAAUGAUAUAAAAAAGAAAUUAUCUAAUCCAUCAUUUGGAGAAAUCUCAAAAGUUGUUGCACAUAUGUGGGAAAAUAUUGAACCAGAAAUUAAAGAACAAUAUAAAUCUAAAGCAGCUGCAGCUAAAAAAGAAUAUUUAAAACAACUAGCUGCAUAUCGUGCUGUUCAAAUUUCAAAUCAAACACCAAAUAUGUGUCAUCUUCUUAAUCAAACAUCUUUACCAUUUGAUUCACAUGGAAUUCAACAGCAAUCAAAACAAUAUCAUACUGGAUCUAUGAUAAAUAAUAAUCAUCAUUCACUUCAAUCAUUUUGUCCAUCAUCAUCUAUUCAAUAUCAAAAACAACAAUAUAAUCAUUGUCAUUAUAUCAAUCCUUAUGUUCAAGAUACUUCAAAUGUAUAUCAUUCGGAUCAUCAAGUAUAUUUUUCUAAUCCUAGUCAUCAAAAUUAUUCUUCAUAUGAUUCAAAUAAUAAUUAUUCCGAUUAUCAACAAUAUGGCUUACUUCGACCAGUUAUUGAAUCUGAACAUUAUUCAUCUUAUUAUUCUCAAUCAUCAGUUGAUAAUGAACAUAUAAAAACAAAUGAAAAUUUAAUACAUAAUUUACAUAAUAAUAAUAAUAAUGUAUCACAGUAUACAGAUCUUACUCCUGUGACAAAUGGACAUCAUGAAAAACAUUAUGAUUAUAUGAAUAACGUUCAUCAUGGAUUGAAUGAUAAAAAACAAGAUGAUUAUUCAUCAUUAUUACCAAUUAGUAAUGAAAAUAAUUUUCAUUGGAAUCAAGCAUUAUCAACUGUCGCCGAUACUACAGUAUCUUCUACAAUAAAAUGUAAACGUGUCGGAUGUGAAAAUUCUUCUAUUGAUCAUCCUGAAUGGGACGGAGAAUAUUGUAGCACACAAUGUCUAUCAGUUUUUUGCAAAGAAGCAUUUGAACAAUGGGUAAAGAAGCAACAAUCAAUGUCUUGA